GACACUAAAGCCGCUUUCUGAUUUAGAACAACCCAAUUGUCUCUACGCUUCCCUUCUCCUAGAGUAUUUACUGCUCGUAACACCCUAGUGUGGGCGUGUGAGCCCCAUCGCCCCCAGUCACGUAUGCAUCUGUCCUUCAGAUAUACAGGGCAGGCACAGGGCAUGCAUGCACUGCAGAAGUGCGAUCCCCGGGAAUGAGCAGCAUCACAUUGGAGGGUGAAUCGUCCGUACGUGCGGGAUGCGGCUGACGGGACAGCGCCGGUACUGACCCUGGGUUAUCUCGAGAGUGACUCUCGGAAUCUCGGAUCGAUCCCGUUCUCUUCUGCGGGGAUUACGGACAAGAGGGGCGGGAGCGGGUCGGUGACAUUCCGCACUGCAGCCAAUAGGAUAGCAGCGUUUAGAAGCCAUCGAUUGUAGCCCAACCAAUCCGCACAUCCGAAGGGCUGAGCUGGGGACACAGCUGAGGCCUAAACUGGGCUCCGAGGCGGACCGGGCGGCGGAAGUAGACCCGGAUUUUAGUCGGCAAGCAGCAUCCUCGGGAGGAAAGCAAAAAUAAAGCAUCAGGUGUGUGGUGUGAUACUGCCAUUCUAGUGAAUAGUGGGAAAUGUACAGUAAGGAGUGUAUCUGAAUCCAUAUGCUCUGAAUAGAAAAGUCCAUUUGUAGAAUGAAAGCCCAACUUGCAUCACAGUUGUGAAAAUCAGUAUUUUAUUCUUCACUGCCAAGGAAAACUGAUACGUACUUGCCUACUUUUGAGAGAGCAUUUCAAGGAGAUUGUGAAAGUACCACCUAUAAUCCUGUAUGUGUACUGCUACAUCCGAGAGGGCAGACCCUGAUUAUCUCACAAUGGGACCGGAGACUGCACAACCACAGAAUUCCAGCUGCAAGAUCAUGACAUUUAGACCCACAUGGGAGGAGUUUCAGGAUUUUGGAAAAUAUAUAGCAUAUAUAGAAUCUCAGGGAGCACACAGAGCUGGACUAGCUAAGAUUAUUCCUCCCAAAGAGUGGCGCCCAAGAAAGACUUAUGAUGACUUAGAUGAGAUGGUGAUUCCUGCUCCAAUUCAACAGGUGGUGACUGGUCAGUCUGGUCUCUUUACUCAGUAUAACAUCCAGAAGAAAGCAAUGACUGUGGGAGAAUACCGGAAGUUGGCAAACAGUGACAAGUACUGCACGCCCCGACAUCAGGACUUUGAUGAUUUGGAACGUAAAUACUGGAAGAAUUUGACAUUCAUGUCUCCCAUAUAUGGAGCAGAUAUUAGUGGUUCCCUCUAUGACAAUGAUAUCCAGCUAUGGAACAUUGCAGGAUUGAACACUCUGCUCGACAUGGUUGAUCAUGAAUGUGGCAUUAUAAUUGAAGGUGUUAAUACUCCGUAUCUCUACUUUGGUAUGUGGAAGACAACAUUUGCGUGGCAUACGGAGGACAUGGACCUAUACAGCAUUAACUAUCUCCACUUUGGAGAACCCAAAUCCUGGUACGCAAUUCCUCCUGAACACGGAAAAAGACUAGAACGUCUGGCAAAAGGUUUUUUUCCUGGUAGUUCUCAAGGUUGUGAUGCUUUUCUUAGGCAUAAAAUGACUCUGAUCUCUCCAUCCAUUCUAAAAAAGUAUGGGAUUCCAUUUGAUCGGAUCACUCAAGAGGCAGGCGAGUUUAUGAUAACAUUUCCAUAUGGAUACCAUGCUGGAUUUAACCAUGGAUUCAACUGUGCGGAGUCCACCAAUUUUGCUACUUUGCGCUGGAUUGAUUAUGGGAAAAUGGCCACACAGUGUACAUGUCGGAAAGACAUGGUAAAGAUCUCUAUGGAUGUGUUUGUAAAAUUUCUUCAGCCUGAUCGCUAUGAAGUUUGGAAGCAAGGAAAGGAUUUGACUGUUCUGGACCACUUGAAACCAACUGAGCUCAGCAGUCCUGAAUUAGAGGCUUGGCUGGGGAGAAAACCUCUUGGGAAAAUAGCCCGCAGGCCUUACAGAAAACGUUCUCAGCCACGCAGACAGAAGGUACAAGAUCAGAAACUAUUAAGGGAAGUGUUUGGUACUGAUGUAAUCUCAGAAGGAAGAAUGGAUGAUGGCAAGAAGUGUGAGGAAGAAAACAAUAUUAAAAUUUGCUGUGAAGGCAUUUCGGACAGUGACUUAACACCCUUCCCAUGUGUUUUGAAACCCAAGAAUGCAAGAUGUGGCAAAAAGCAAAAGAAUAAGUGUUCAGGGAUUCAGACUCUAUCUGAAGACCACAUCCUUAACCAUCCCAAUAUUAAAAGCACUGAUUCUCCUUUGGAACUUUCUGAAGAAAGUGAAUUUAAGGCUCAUCGUAUUGUUCCAAAGCUCUAUGUUGUACCGGAGGCCAAGAAGAUUGUGUUUGAAAAGACACAAAUGUCUUGCCAAGAAGCUUUUGAACACUUUGCUACAGAAAAAGCUCACAGCUGGAACAGAAAAGAAUUUGACAGAGAACAAGAAGGAGAACAUUCUAGUGAUAGUACCCGGAAAGUGAGCGUUUCCAAGCAUCCUGUCUUUUUCUCUAAAAUGGAGAUUAAAAAGAGCAGACGUCAUCCACUGGGUAGGCCACCAGCCCGCUCUCCUAUGUCUGUUGUCAAACAGGAAGUGUCUAGUGAUGAUGAUUCUAUCCCUUUCUCUGGUGAAGAAGAAGCUGGAGAUCCUGAAACGCUCCUUAACCUUCUUUCACACUUGUGGAAAAAUAAGCCACACAACUUUUUGACUGAGCGAAAAUUCAACGCUGUGGCUGCCCUUGUAGAGCCAUACUGUGCAGUGUGCACUGUUUUUUUUUCUAACCGACAGGAGAUUUCACAACUGCCUGAGUCAGUCAGCUCCGUGUCUAAACGUGGCCAGCGGACAAAGCCAGUUAUCCCAGAAAUGUGUUUUACCUCCAGUCAGGGUAAUAUGGACCCAUUACCGGUUAGCACGUAUAUUGGAGAUGAUGGUACUAGCCCCUUGCUAUCCUGUGCCAAGUGUUGUGUACAGGUUCAUGCCAGCUGUUAUGGAAUCCAUCCAGAUUUGGUGAAGGAGCACUGGAUCUGUUCACGUUGCUCAGUCUGUGCUUGGAAUGCUGAGUGCUGUCUGUGUAAUCUACGUGGAGGUGCUCUGCAGAUCACCACAGACAAAAGAUGGGUGCAUAUUGUCUGUGCUGUUGCAGUUCCAGAGGCUCACUUUGUAAAUGUGAUUGAGCGACACCCAGUAAAUGUCAACUCCAUUCCAGAACAACGGUGGAAACUGAAAUGUGUAUAUUGUCGGAGGAAAAUUCGCAAAGAGGUUGGGGCUUGUGUACAGUGCUCUGUUGACCGAUGUUCCACUUCCUUUCAUGUUACAUGCGCUCAUAUAGCUGGCAUCUCUAUGGAACCUGAUGAUUGGCCCUAUGUUGUUUCAGUUAGCUGCUUUAAGCACAAGGCAACAAGUCAAAAUAGUUCUGUCUCCAAGGAGGUCAGUGUGGGUCAAACUGUCAUUGGUCGAAAUCGGAAUGGUCUGUACUAUCGUUGCCAGGUCAUUGGGUCUGCUACACACAUUUUCUAUGAAAUCAACUUUGAUGAUGGCUCGUACAGUGAUAAUGUGUAUCCUGAAAAUAUAAUGAGCAGAGAUUGCUUACAAGAUGGCCCACCUGCAGAGGGCGAGUUGGUGGAAUUAAGAUGGGUAGAUGGAAAUAUUUACAAAGCUAAAUUCAUUUCCGCUAAUGUAAACCUCAUUUACCAGGUGGAGUUUGAAGAUGCAUCUCAACUGAUGGUAAAACGCAACGAGAUCUUUACGUUGGAAGAGCCAUUGCCAAAAAGAGUUAAAUGCCGCUUAUCCCUCAGCACUGGUGCUUCCAUAGAGGACAUGGAGGAUGUACAGACAAACAAGCGCCCACGAGUGAACAGUCCAACAAAUGAAGAGUCCAAUAAUCAAAUGUCUUUAGACCUGACAGAGUCAGUUUCACAAAACCUCUGUCCGACCUCUGGUUUCACUGACCUUGCAAUCUAACUGCUCUGAACAUGAGGUUGUCAAAAUACUUUUCAUAAAUUCCAACUUCAGAGUGGACUGAAGCACCUCUCAGUCAUUCACAGGCCAGAUGUUGAAAAUAAAAUAAACCGCAUCAUAAUAGACCAAGAACUAUAUGGAGGGACAUAAGUUCUGGAUGACAGAGUCUCUAGGUGCUAUCUUGAAACUGCUUAUAAGAUCCUCUCUCUCUACUUUUUGAAACUUUCCAAGAACAUUUCAAAAAUAGCUUUAAAGUAAACCUAGAGAGAGAUUUGAUUUUGUAAAUGUCUUGUUUUAAAAUCUUUGAAAUACAGAACAUUUUGAAAUCCAGGUUUAUCUAAACAGUUUCCCAUCGAAUUAAUUGCUUAUUAUGUAUGGGGCACUUAAAUUAAACUGUGCUGUCAUGAAUUGUUUACUACCUUUUUCAUGGCUGGAAUGUACAGCAAGUGUGAUAGUGUUCUCCUGACUGUAGGUAGAUAAGCAUUGUAAUUUCUACCUGAGUUGUCUUUGUUGUUUAAAAAGUACUAAAUGUUAUUUGGAGGAAAUAUGACUGAAUAUGCAAAAAAAGAUCCUAGUGUAAUCAUGCAUGGUAUUUCUUUUUCUUCCUUUCCUGGGUCACCUGGUUUGGGAUUUAUGAACUAUUGCUUCUGAGUAUCCUAAUGUGCAUUGCAAACUGUGUUCCUCAGGAGUUGUGCAGCCUACUGCAUGUUCUCAUUUCCAUAAUUAAGAACUCAUACUGUUUAUUUGUGUUAUUAUGGUUUAUUUUGUGCACUAAUCAAGAUUUCCAAUUGCUUGAUGACAGAUGUAUGGUGUAUUUUCAUGCCCUCCUUUUGUAAUUAAUUAAAAACAAUCAAAGCACUGGAUACCAUUUCACUAAAAUCUUUGGUGUACUUUUGUCAUCCUUAAAUUGGAAAAUUAUAUACCUUAUUAAUGAAUAGCUGUAGUAUGACCUUCCUAUUUAUUUGUAGUUGUUAACUUCAUGUGCGGUAUCUCCAUUGGUAACAUAAUAUGUACAAACUGCUUUUACUAAGCUUCUACUACGGAGUCUAUUAAGCAGGUCAGUCCUCUUCUUUCUCACUUUCUCCAUCCAAAGAUGGCGGAAUUUUUAUGUUUCUAUUUCUUUCUUUUUUCUUUUUGUUUAUAAAUAACUCGAUUUCUAAGGUCGCUCUAAUUAUAUUGGCUUCUGCUGGCAAAAUGCUAAGGAAUUGAUCAGUUCAGCUGGUAUCUUAAACUGUUUUUGUUUUAUUUAUAUUUUAUAUUGUGUAAGCGAACUGGGAACAAUAUAUCAAGUCUGUUAAAAUAAUAAAUUUCAUUUUCUAGAA